AUGGGGGAUGGGACUGGUAUUGACCCCAUUGAAAACAGUCCCGUCGGAGAUACGCUUUCCUCGUAUCUACCGAGAGUGGAUCAAUUCUAUAUACCUGAAUGGCUAACGGUGCAAUUCAUAGCGAAUAACCUGAUCAGCUUCACGCCACUGUUUUCUUAUGGGUCGACAAUCAUAAGUAUAGAGCGAUCCAAAACUGCCCUGGGAUUUUCGAUUGAUAUUUGCGCAACAAUGCUGAUAGCAAGUAUUCUCAGAGUUUCUUAUUACCUGAUAACACCAUAUGAGAUCACUCUACUUAGGCAGUCGCUGGUCAUGAUAUUUAUUCAAUUGAUACUGUUGAAGACUACGCUAACAUACAGGCCGGAAGAGUACAAAUACCAUAAUUUGCAUGAUGUGGAAUCACUUUCGCAACUGUUACAUGAUGUGUGGUUUGAAUAUUUUGCCUGUGCUAGGCCUCCAAUAUUUAGCGAUGACUGGAAAUUGAUGUUGAAGUCACUGUCUUUGAAGAACAUGGUUGGGUUCAUCAAUAAAAUUCUGUUGGUCUUCCUAUACAAGUUUUUGAAAUUCUUCGAUCCCAGCUACAAAAGGUUCGGAUCGUUUUGGCAAUGGGACGACAAUCGGAAGUUCUGGAGAUUUCUGAUUUUUUUUGCAGCUUUCCAGUUGCUCUUGACCUUUUUAAUCUCGAAGGUGUUUAACUGGGCGACUUUGACAGAUUGGAUGGGUUCUGCUGUUGGAACUCUGGGUUUGUUGGUUGAAUCGCUGCUACCAUUACCACAAAUAGCGAUUCUUUAUAAGCUGAAAUCUGUGCAGGGCUUCAAGUUGAUUCUGCUUGUCAGCUGGCUUUGUGGUGAUACUCUAAAGAUUAGUUACUUGAUCUACGGCGCCAAGAAUAUAUCGAUGAUAUUCUUAACAUUUGCACUUUUCCAGAUGAGUCUGGAUUUUUACAUUGGUGGGCAGUACAUAUACUAUCGAUUCUACUACCAUUCGUUGAGAAACGAAGGUUCGAUGCCGGCCGAUAACGAUACCAACAGCGAAUUCGCUAGGGAGUCAUUCGAAUUACAAGAUUUCAACAUCAAGACAUUAGAUCAGUACAACAAAAAUACCCCUCCACCAGAUCAACAUACUAAAGGCAGGGCGUACACACUAACGGUAUAA